GACCCGAGGCACCAGUAAGCGCUGUACAAGGGAGAGGAGGGUACUCAGCUGGCGCACGGCGAGCACUUAACAGCAGGUCACGUAUUUCCACCCAUAUUUAACACAUUCAUGUCCGUAAAUAAAGCCUAUGAGCGCGCGUCACUACCGUAAUAAGGCACGGGUACUGCCAUUAAAGCGAGGAAAACACUAAUGCUCCGAGUUACACCAAAAUAUUGUACAACAGGCGGUUAUUUGGGCUGCUAGCCCAGGGAUUUGCACUGCCCACAGAGUCGAUUUAUGAAACGUAGUGACAAGCACAUUUAUCAAGCAUUUGUGACGGCAUCGAUCCUAGCCUCCCCCCCACCCCCGAGGGCCGCAGUUCAUACAGCUGCUGUCUCUGCCGCUGACCCCUUCUAAGAAGGGCGCAUCCGCCUCUCCAAUUAGCGGCGCCCUCAGAAGUGUAACAGGACUAAAGAAAAUCCCUGUAGAGCCCAAACUCCAGCCUAGCGUGUCUCUAAGUGCAGAAUUACGAACGCGGCACACGCUAGAAGCCUCCUCACAUCCCAAAGCUCACUGGGAACUGCGGUCGCACACUCCUCCUUUUCUGUAUACCUCCGCCUCCUCUCUAGCCGGACCUUUAUUCCACGCUCUAAGAGGAAUAAGAGUUAAUGGGAAAAAGGAGCCGUAUCCGCCCUCCCUUCUUUAGCGGAGGGAUACUCUACUAGGUUCUAACGUGGUGGUGAGGCUCGACAAGCGAAAAAAAAUGUCUGCCUGAGGGAGCCCUACAAGUUCCUAUCGGGGUGGAAACAAAACGUGUAGCGGGAAUAAACACGGGCAAAACCCCAUUGAAACCUUGUUAGUGUUGAGCAUUUUGGCAAGGAGGUGGGAGAAACUGGUUUUAAGCGCCGGGGAAGGAGACGAAGCGGGACCUCGAUAAACUUCAAUCCAAUUGUUGGAUGUUUGAACGGAAAAAAAAGGAGUUGAUCUGAGUGGUGGAAGAUGAAUCCUCAACAGCGGAUGGCCGCUAUAGGAACAGACAAGGAACUGAGUGAUCUGCUGGAUUUCAGUGCGGUACGAUAUCCUUCGGGGUCUUCUUAUGGCUUCUUCCACACGAUGUUUUCACCACCUGUUAAUAGUGGGAAAACCAGACCUACUACACUAGGAAGCAGUCAAUUCAGUGGAUCUGGUAUGGAUGAAAGAUCAGGAGCCUCUUGGGGAACAAGUGGUCAGUUGAGUCCAUCCUAUGAGUCUUCAAGGGGUUUUUCAGACAGUCCUCAUUACAGUGAUCACUUAAAUGACAGUCGAUUAGGCCCCCAUGAAGGAUUGUCCCCAACACCUUUCAUGAACUCAAAUCUGAUGGGGAAGACAUCUGACAGAGGCCCAUUUCCAUUAUUUGGUAGAGAUUCAGCUGUUCCUGGAUGUCAACCUGGCCUCAUCCGAGCAGAUAUUGGCCUUGGGAGCUCUGGGCAACUUCCAUCCUCAGGAAAACCUGGUAGCCCGUACUUUCCUUUCUCGGGGUCCAGUUCACGUCGGAGACCUUUACAGGACACGCCUGCACUUGAUCCUGUACAAACAAAGAAAAUAAGAAAGGUCCCCCCUGGCUUGCCUUCUUCUGUCUAUGCACCAUCCCCAAAUUCAGACGACUUCAAUAGAGAAUCUCCUAGUUACCCAUCCCCCAAGCCUCCAAGCAGUAUGUUUGCUAGCACUUUCUUUCUUCAAGAUGGAACACAUAACUCAUCAGAACUCUGGAAUUCCUCCAAUGGGAUCAACCAGCCUGGGUAUGGUGGAAUGCUGGGUAGUGCGUCUUCUCACAUGUCCCAGUCAAGUAACUUCGGCAGCCUACAUGAACGUUUGAAUUACCCGCCCCAUCCAGUGUCACCAACAGAUAUAAAUGCCAGUCUUCCUCCAAUGUCCAGCUUCCAUCGAGGUGGCAACUCAAAUUCCACCUAUGUGGCUGCUUCUCACACUCCUCCUAUCAAUGGAUCAGACAAUCUGUUGGGAAAUCGAGGGAACGCAGCUGGCAGCUCACAGACUGGGGAUGCACUUGGAAAAGCUCUUGCAUCUAUUUAUUCUCCUGAUCACACCAGCAGCAGCUUUCCAUCAAAUCCCUCAACUCCUGUCGACUCACCUUCUCCUCUCCCAGGUGCCAACCAGUGGUCUAGACCUGGAGGACAGACCCCAUCAUCACCAAGCUAUGAAAAUUCACUUCACUCUUUGAAAAAUCGGGUUGAGCAGCAACUUCACGAGCAUUUGCAAGAUGCUAUGUCCUUCUUAAAGGAUGUCUGUGAGCAAUCCCGAAUGGAAGAUCGUUUAGAUAGACUCGAUGACGCGAUCCACGUACUUCGGAAUCAUGCAGUUGGACCCUCAACUAGUAUGGCUGCUGAUAUACACAGCUUAUUGGGUGCUACACAUAAUGGACCCAUUGCAAGUUUGACCUCGAACUACGGGACACCUGGCCUUUUAGCGAACAGUCGACAGACUUCAAUGGUGGCAAAUCACAGAGAAGAUUCUGUAAGCAUAUCCAGUGAGCAUUCAGUUCUGUCAAGCACAGUUUCUGCAUCAAACACAGAAAUUACUCACAAACCCCAAGACAAUUACAGAGCGUUAUCCCAGGCAUUGACAAGCUUGAUAGAAAUCAAGACUGAGCGCAAAGAAAAAGAUGAGAAUAUCCACGAUGACGUCUCUUCAGAUGAUAUGAAAUCAGAUGAUGAAUCCUCUCAAAAAGAAAUGAAAUCUUCAAGAGGGAGAACAAGCAGUAUCAAUGAAGAUGAAGAUUUAAAUCCAGAACAGAAAGUGGAGAGGGAAAAAGAAAGGAGAAUGGCGAACAACGCGAGGGAACGCUUGCGCGUCAGAGACAUCAAUGAAGCGUUUAAAGAGCUUGGGCGCAUGUGUCAACUACAUCUAAAGAGCGAGAAACCACAGACAAAACUACUCAUUCUUCAUCAGGCGGUAGCAGUUAUCCUUAAUCUAGAACAACAAGUCAGAGAGAGGAACCUUAACCCCAAAGCAGCCUGCCUUAAAAGAAGGGAAGAAGAAAAAGUUUCUGCCGUAUCGGCAGAGCCACCAAACACACAUCCAGGAGUUCACCCUGGUCUUACUGAUACUACCAACCCUAUGGGUCAUAUGUAAACAUCAGUCAGGUCUCCGGCACUAUUGAUAGGAUAUAUAGAAGGUGACCUUUCAUCACAAGGACACAGACAAAUAAGAUACGGACGACACAAAUCUGACAGGAUCACUAGAAAAUGAAGAGGGAAAAUCAAACGAACUUGAUGCAAGACAUCCAAAAUGCAAUCUAUAGACUGAAGCAAAACACUUCUAUCAGCCGCUGAAAUCUGACAAUGGUGAUGGGACUUCAGCCCAUGAAAUAGUUGGAACAUAUCACACAGCGCGUGUCGUUUCUGCACAAUCAGACUGUCAGUGUCUCUCCACACCCCGUGGGAGCUGCCUUGUGCCUAAACAAAAUUGACAAAUGCAUUGUAUCUACAAAUAUUAUUUAUUAUGGAACUGUUAUAAAGGUCUACGUAUAAAAAAAAAGGGAAAAGUUGGGCUGAACGUGGAGAAGAUUUCAGUUGAUGCCAGCAAUCGUAUAACUGUUCACAUACAGAGAAUAAAAGCAGUGGCAACCUUUGUCCCUUAGCAUUCCCAGCAAACCUAUUAGUGUCUUAACAAUGGAAUUGUCUUUUAUGAUCCUUUCCAUUACUGUUGCCAUAUGAAUAGUGUUUUCCAUCUACUGGAAAAUAUUACGUUGGUAUUGUUUUUUGUUGUUGUUUUAAUGUUAUUUUUGGUCUCUGGUAAUCUGAACAGUUAUGGUCAUAGCUAAACUCCAUGCUUUAAGUACUGUUAUACAAAGGACUGGAGCAAUAUUGGGGGGUAUAUUAUUCCCUCUCUUUUCCUGAAGUAAUUUAAAAGAAAACCCUUCACUGUAAGGCUACCUGGGGCAAUGAUUCUAUGCAGUACCUGCCACAUAUAGAGAACAUAAGGAAGCACAAAAGGAGAUGUUGCAGGCCGUAAUUACUGUGACUAUUUACCAUAAGCAGGUAAAGUCAGAACAACACGUAGGUAUGAGAUAAUGAUGUCCGAAUUAGGAAUGCACCAAAUCCACUAUUUUGGAUUCGGCCAAACCCGCGAAGAUUCGGUCGAAUACCGAUCUGAAUCUGAAUCCUAAUUUGCAGAUGCAAAUUAGGGGUGGGAAGGGGGAACAUUUUUUACUACCUUGUUUUGUGACAAAAAGUCACACAAUUUCUCUCCCUGCCCCUAAUUUGCAUAUGCAAUUUCGGAUUUUGUUCUGGCCGGACUGAAGGAUUCCGAAUCCUGCUGAAAAAGGCAGAAUCUUGGCUGAAUCCCGAACCGAAUCCUGGAUUUGUGCAUCCCUAGUCCAAAUGAAACAAGAGCAAUGGUCGGCUCUUUACCAAUUGAAAAUUACAAAGUUGGAUCGCACAAUCUUAGUAGAAAGAAAGUUUAUUUACAGAAAAGAAAAUGACAAAAACAUGAUCAUUUGCCCUACGCGUUUCAACCAUAAACGGUCUUCAUCAUGGGGCUUUCUCACUUUUUUGAUUUCUGUGCCCCUGAAGAAUACUGUUUUGCGGUCAAAACGCUUAGGGCAAAUGAUCAUGUUUGUGGCAUUUUUGUACUUGUUUUUUUCUACUAAGAGUGAGCGGUCCGAUCCGAUGUUUGAUUAUACACAUUUUGAAGACAUUUUGGGCAGCCUCCUGUCGGAUCAGCACCUUGUAUUGAUAUGAGUGGGCGCCUUCUUACCUUUGAUAGUCUACUUUAUCAAUUGAAAUGGCGUAUCCGUGAAGGAUUCAGCUAGCGCCCCUCAUUAACAGUGCAAUUCAUUGUUUCCAGUCUAUACAAACCCCGUGAAUUUCCAUGUUACCCGUCUUCCACUACUAUGAGCAUGGAAGGAAAGAAUUGUUUCUUAUGGUCUGAACAAAUUCUAUCCGAAUGAAGACAACUCUAAAGAGAACAAAAAAUAUAUAUUAGUUUUGGGAACUAUAUCAUUGCUGAUCCCUCGAAUAAUGGGGAGGUUAGUGGAUAAUUCCAUUUGCUUAUAAAUAUCAAUUAUCAUGGGACUAUAUCUGUGGCCUUGUUCUUUAUUCCAGUAUUUAUCAACUAAAGAUUGUUGCAUAUGAUGUGAUUGAUCACUUGCCACUGCCUGCCCUUUUUUCCUCCAUUUUUGUUUUGUUUCUCUCUUUCUCGUUGCUAUAUUAGACAUUGCAGUAUGCCCAAAAAGCUUUUCUUCAUAAAAUAGAAAGGAAAAAAAAAAAAAAACAUUUGGCUUAUUUUUCACUGUAGUUAGUCUUUUAUACAAUAAUCUUGUAAGAAAAUUUCUUGGAUUCUAAAUAUUACUCUUUCUAGAUUUUUGAAAUCGAAAAAGUUUUCAGUAAAAAGUUUCUUACUUUAUUUUACUAUAUUAGGUAGUAAAAAUGUAGGGUUAUUUACCGUAACCUGUUCAUUAAUAUCAGAAAUUUACAAUAGCAUUUUAAGAACAUAGUAGGGUCCUAGCAUACCGUGUAGUACCUAUGGAGUAUUGUAAGAGCUAAUUGUCCAAGAUGAAUUGCUUUAUCAUCUUGUUCUCCAGUUUCCAUUGUUGGUCUCUUGCAGAUUUGUACCCUGUGUCAAAUUCAGCGUAUUGUUGAUAAUUCUCUUCAACCAGCAGCAAGAAGUUCAAACAUUUCUGUCAAUGUAACAGAAACACAAUAUGUAUAUAACAUUUAUGUAGCAAUAAAUGUGCCAUCUUUUUUAAA